UAAUUGUCGUGCCAACCACGCAAAAAUCUGUUCCAAAAACUAAACCAGCUAAAACUCUGACUAAAUCCCGUUCCGUUCGUUCUAAAACUAAUACUCUGGCUUACUAUAACUGCUUAAUUGACCAAGUGGCUAAUCCUUUAAAUGAUAAAGUUAAGAUUACUAGCAUGUGCCAUAACUGUAAACAUAAUAAAAGCAAAGUUGAAGCCGCUCGCCAAGAACAUAAACAGCAAUUAGUGAAAGAAGUAGCCAAGAAUUAUCAAGCCUUUGGGGAAAGUUUAGCACUGCGGAAUGGUGAAUUAGCCUUACGCAUUGCUUACAGUGCUUUUGGCACCAUUGCUUUACUGCUGUUGAUGUUUUGUGGAUAUAACUUGAAAUUAAAAAAAGGACAAAUCGACUUAGGUAAACGAACGGAAAAGUUAGAAAAAAAGAACGGACACGAGCAAAAGCAAAUAAAUGAACUAAAAAAAGAAGUAGAACAGUUAAAACGGGGAGCUAAAAACUAG